CUCCACUUCCGGUUUCAAAGUCCAGCUGAGAGACGAUGCUUUUAUUUUUACAGACAACUGCAGCGACUGUUACUGAACUAAAUACUAUUUGUUGAGAAAAAGUAGAUCAUCGCAGACAUGCAGCAGUCUGUGGAGUCUUUAGUCCGACUGCUGGAGUCCUACAGAGGCAGAGAUAAAAUCAUCAGGACAGUCUGUUAUGGUUCUCAGCUGGUUGGAGGAGUUCUCACCCGUAAAGCAGAAACAGAUGUCUCCUCGCAGCGUUUAGGGAAGAGUCUCCUGCUGUUUUCUGCUCAGCUCAGCCACUGCCGAACAGUACUGAGGCUGUUUGAUGACCUGUCCAUGCUGGCCUACUCCCACAGCUACGGACUCGGAGCUUCGGAUGAAGACAAAGGAAUUCGCUGGAUAUCAGUGCUGACGAAUGUGGCUGACCAGCUCUACUACCCCUGUGAGCACAUCGCCUGGGCAGCUGAUGCAGAAAUCAUUAAAGUCAAGUCUGAUAAGUGGUGGCUGUUCUGCACAGUGCUGUGGGGGACGUCACUGCUGCUUGGGAUCAUCAGAUCACUUAGAGUCCUACUGCUGCUGAAGAGAAAGUUGAAGAGACAAGAGAGGGAUGAAGAAGGCAGCAGCAGACAAACUGGUCUCCACAGACAGAUCAGAGGGGAGUUGCUCUCCGUCCUCAGCAGCGCGGCUGACCUUAGUAACGCCAUUCACUGGAUGCCACCCGGCUUACUGUGGGCAGGACGGUUCCCAAGCUGGCUAGUGGGGCUGCUGGGUACCACCUCCUCUGUGAUUGGUUUGAUCCAAAUGAGCAGCAGCGACAGUUAGCAGAGCUGUCCCCAUAGUGUGGAGAAGUCAUGUAUUUUUGGACAGAUGGUGUAUUCAAACAAGUCAAUAUGGAUGUUUGAUUUGAUUUGAAAAGGUUGUCUAUAUAGACUCGAUUAACAAUCUGUAAAGAUUAAAACACUAAAGUGAAAGUCAUUAAAUGUUCUGAUAAUGAAUGAAUAGAAUGUGUCAUUUCCCCAUAAAUUGGAAAGCCUCUUUAAUAUUUCAUUUGUAUAAUUAUGCUUCGUUUUAGUCAGCCAAAAUGUAGGCUUUAAUAAAGAAUGAUGAAGGAUUUGAAUAAGCCUAAUGCUUAACAUAAAUGUAAGGAUCUUUUUCUUUUGACAACUUAUAAUAGGUUGUUUUUGUUUUUACAUUUAAUAGUGUUAUUACUUUGAUCACACUAUGGCUGUGCAAGUCAAUAAUAAACUUGAAUAUCACUGUAGCUUUUGAAAAAACAGAAAUGGUGUAUAGUUAUUUAUGUGUUCUUAAAUACUGUCUUGAGGUGCUUAUUCAUGUUGAGUAAUUUAACUGAUUACAUGUUUUAACCCUUCUGCUAUCUUAGAUGACCCCACCCUUACUUUGACGUGUUCUCCCUACCAUGACAAAGGUGGAUAAAGGUGGAAAGAUUUCAUGUAAUCCAUGGACACCAGUGAAGAUCACAAUUCAUUGAAGAAAAAAGGUUCAGAGCACUGUCUAGUGGGUCUAGAUGACCCAACUCCCAACGUUAAAGUGCCUAGGAUAGCACAAGGGUUACAGCUCUUUUAACACAUUUUGAAAAUGAAAAAGCAUUUCUGGAAUUGACUUUUAUGUUUAAUUAUGCUACAGAAUCGCUUCCAUCCUCAAGUGCCUAAGUGGUCAAAAUGUUGUAAAUAAACAAAUAUUCAAACA